AAUGCAGGGAUGGAUGUUUACUCAGAUUCCGGAACAGGCACCUCUUCUAAGACUUGGAAAAACGGGCAUUCAGGAAUAAACCAAUUGGGCGGUUUUUUUGUAAAUGGACGACCGCUUCCGGUAGCAACCCGUCAGCGAAUUGUGGAGUUGGCUCAGAGUGGAGCGAGACCCUGCGACAUCUCGCGUCUCCUACAAGUGUCCAAUGGCUGCGUCUCGAAAAUCCUCUGUCGCUUUCACGAGACCGGGUCGAUUCGGCCAAAGGCCAUUGGCGGGAGCAAACCCCGAGUAGCCACCAGUGCAGUAGUUCGUAAAAUCGCCGCCUACAAACGCGCCUGCCCCUCCAUUUUUGCUUGGGAAAUUCGUGAACGCCUUCUCCACGAAGGUGUCUGCUCAUGUGCCAAUAUUCCUUCAGUUUCCUCGAUAAAUCGUGUUCUACGAAAUCUUGCCUUGGAGUCAAAGUUCUCGUCAUUCGAAUAUUGUCGUAUCGAAAGUCAACCAGGAAUUGUAACAUGUUUCAGUCCACAGCCAUCGCACGAAACAAUCCACAAUCCCCAAAGAGAUGGAGGAAAGCGAGGAGAAAUAGACUGCCAAAUGAAUCGCAAUUAUCAAUCACCUUCCAAUUUGAAUCAAAUCUGGUGGAAUGCCGAUAUGACAAAGGCCUGUGAUCACAGCUAUCCAAGUUCCAAUGGAUUCAAUCCAAGUGAAUAUUCAGGCCCCAGUGGAUGUCAUUCCCAGUGGAAUGAUGGAAUUCUUCCUUCCAAACAAAUCCACAAAAUAGAAGGAGACUCUUUUCUUGACUGGUCUUCCAACGCUUUCCUACCUAGACAAUCAAGAUGGAGUGCCAGUUUUCAAUACAAUGGAUACCAAUUACCGAAUGAAAGAACUGACGCUCAAGACACCAAAAUGAAUUUUCGUGGAUAUUUGGAUUCCGCAGAACAAUCAAGCCCUCUAGAACGGAAACUUUUAGAGAUUACUUGGGAUGAAGAUAGCGCCGACUUUCAUACAAAUCGACAACUGAAUCAAGAUUUUCGGAGCGAAAUGGAUUUAAUUGACGAUGGGAAUUUAAACCAAAUCCCUUUUCUUAAUCGUAGCUGUUCACCCACUCCUAUUACGAAAUCUUCGUUUAAUGAUGCGGAUUCAGGAACUUUAUCAGAUACGGAGGCUGAUAGUGUGUCUGCCGACGGAAUUAAAAACUCCCGUUUUAGUUUUGGAUUUCCUAAAAGCUCGUUUCUUACUUCGGAAGCCGAUGAGCUGAAUCGAUCUAAAUUGGCUAAUCUGGGAACAACUGUGAAUAACUUAGCCCACUUCAAAUCACUUACAAAUGCCAACCCGAACGAUACGAGAUGUCGACUAAGUCAUCCUGAUUCUUCAACUCAAUCUGAGGAUCAACUGGGUGUUGCAAUUUCCAAAAUGGAUGAUAUUAAACUUCCAUAUUAUGAGGAAUCUAUUAUAGAAGGCUUUUCUGUGAUCGCAUUUGAAGAUCGUACAAAUUUAGAGAUGACACGCCAAGCUGCUGCAGGAGGAAAGCUCACUCUGAAGGAGAAGCUCUGGGGCAAGCCCUACUUCCUGCUCCACACGCUAACUGACAUCAUCACAGCAAUUUUGGCCGCAAUAACGUCCAUAUACGGCGUAUACGGCCUUGUUAAUUCUGAUAGCAAUGACAAAUUACUCCUCAUUUAUGAAGUAUUGAUUGGUUUUGGCAUUCUUGCAUCGAUCACGUUCUCAUUGAGCCUUAUCCUCUUACACGUUCCAAAAUACGUCCUCUCUGCCAUUUCACUUUUUAAUUAUCUGCGUGUUAAACCAUUCGUCUUGUUUCCCCUUUCAUUGCAGUUAUACGCGCGUUUGAAUGAUGUGGAUAAAGCUGAAAGUGCGAGCGAGGAAAUGAAUGGUGAAAGAGCACCUCCGCCCAUCCGAAGAACAGGUUCUCGGGCCACUCUUCACGGCGGCGGUGGUGGAACAGGGGGGCGUCAAAGACGCGGAGGAGGAGGAGGAGGAGCCACUAGGGGGACCGCCCCGGGUCGCGGUCGCAGACCCACGCUAAUGACGUCGCUCACCGUUCACACAGAUCCGCCAACUUCAUCCAAUGGAACAAAAGAGGCCGCUCGCUUGGGUCCCUUGCAUGUCGAAGUCUCCCCUUCCUCCCCCGAGACCAAAAAGAGGCUCGGUGAAGUUGCUGAUGAGGUCUCAAAGGGGAAUCUUCAACUGUUCAAUGGAGAGGAGGGCUCUUCCACAGUUCUUUCCUCGCCCAAAGGAAGUGCUGCUAGCGUUUCUUCCACAUAUUCUGGUAAGUUCCUCUUUUGCCCUCCUAAACGCAAUCUUUUCAGCAUUGAGGCACUGACUUCAGUAGAGCCGAAAAAGAAAGUCGAGGAAGAGCCUCGGGAGUCAAGAUUAGAGCAACCGGUGCCACCACAAGCCCAUCAGAACGGCGGCGUCGGUAACGGUCCGACGUCGGCGCAGUGGCUGGAGCGUCUGAAGCGAUGUGUUGGUCCCAGAGGCUUCCUCGUUCCCAUCGAUGAGACUGAGAUGAGUCAGCUCACCCACCUCCUCAUCACCGACUCGCAUUUUAAGCAGGAGGUCGCUCGACUUCCCUAUGUCUUCCAAAUGCUCUCCAACUUCUACGCCCACCAACAUCAAUUGCAAUUUAUGCAACAGCAACGCUCUCACCAACAGAGAAUUGCAGCUCCUCAGUCUUUCGCAUACUCUCAGCAGAAUCCUUUGGUGGCAGGCAAUAAGGCUUUUCCACAGCCACCACCACCACCACCACCUAGAUUGGCUACAUGUCCACAGUCGGCGGGUGGCAAUUCAACGACGACGGCAGUUGCGCCUUACUCUUACCAGGGGAAUUUCGCUUCCGCAAUUGUCGCUGUCUCCUCCUCCUCCUCCUCAGCAGCGGCAGCAGCAGCUGUGGCCGCCGCCGCUGCAGCUGCAAUGGCAACUGUCGCUGUCUCUUCCACCACUCCCGUCAUCCAACCACCACCACCACCACCUCCUUUUUAUUCGGGAUCAAGUGUGCCGACCUAUUCGAGUCAUUACUUUCCCGGGCAACAUGCACAGCCAAUACCGAUGUCAUCAUAUCCUCAUCCCCCACAAAUAUUAGCACCGCCGGCAACUUCCCGUGUAGCUCCUCAACAUUAUCAUCCCUUCAUGACUAACGCCCCAUCUCCAUCUCCGUCAUCCUCCUUUUGGGGUACAGCCCCAUCUCAUUUAGGAAGUGAAUUCCCCUAUCACUACUACUCCCAGCAUCAACUCAUGCAGAAUCCCAAUCUGCAGAUCCUUCACAAAUUACCGCCUCUCGCAGAUGCAGUUGACCUCACUUCGAGUGGAACUAACAGUAGCAAGCGAUUGGCACUCCCUCCAACCCCUGUGAAUAAAACUCUUAUGUCCCCUCAAUCUUCGAUUGCCGCUCGCCUUCUACCUUCGCAGCCCGUAUCCACAUCCCCGAAGAGGCCAUUUCCUCGAUUUGCUAGCCUCUUCCACUUCGACGGUUUGUAUUCAAAUCGAGGAGCCACUGGACAUCUACGUAUAUGCUAUUACAUUAUGAAGUGUAAGUGGCCUCACGAAAGGCCAUUUGGCCUUGCUCAUCCCUGCUGGUAUUUGGAGCCCGGCAGCCACACUGGUAUACUCAAACCAGUUUCCCAGAAACCACCACCUCAGCCGCUUUCUGUUAUUCGUCCUACACCUCUGUCACCACGUUUUCCAAGUUACGGUCACUUUAUUCGAGCUGCAAUAGAGAAUGUUGGCGGCGUCAGCGUUCGUCCUUCCAUGCAUCCUCCACUACCACCAAUUGCAAUUGAUUUGACGCGCUCACCGCCCCCUUCCGCCAUUCGAAAGUUGCCAUCGUCGUCACUACUGCCAGAAUCGGAUUUGAUUUUGAAAAGGCGUCGAAUAGAGGCUGGUGGUGGUCAUUUCCAGGGUGUCCCCUCGGCAAACUUUCAGAACGGAGGUGUGCGAAUGCCUCCUUCAGCCUCCUUUCCUCCUCCACCUCCUUUUCCCCUCUUCCGUCAGCCACAUUGA